AUGUUGCUUUCCAAAGGCAUGCCAGUACUCCUAGUGAGACUUAUCUACCUGCUAUUAACUGCAGUAACUGUUGGUUUCCUAUUUCAUGCCACAAGACUUCAUCGACAAGGGCGGACCCUUACGGUUGAUGUGCCGGACACGACUCCAGUUGGGGGUCUCUUGCCAGAGGAAGAAUAUCUCGAGAGGCUCAUUGACCGCUAUGUACUCACCAACUUGACGAGAUGGCAAGCUUGGAGAGUGCAAACCUCUGACAAGUCCUUGACCGUGGGUUCAAUUACCGAUGUACACACAGACUUUCAGCCACACUGGGAUACGUCGAAAGUCAUCGAUGUCAGCAACCCGAGCCCUACCGAUUUGCGCGCGUCAAAGGGAUGGGAGCUCGCAACUCACGCCGACGGGGCACAGGACAGACUGUACGCAUCAACGCUCAUGUUCGGCGUAUCCACCACGUAUAAACGAAUCGUUGAAAAUGACUGGGCUAUCGUGCGAGCAUGGCAACGUUGGUUGACCAAGGGCGACGGAACCACCAACGGCGCCACCCUAGUUCUCAUGCUUGACAAUGCCACCGAGGAACAACUUGAUGAGAUAGACAAGGAGCUUGAAGAAAUGGGUGUUGACGUGUACACGACUUCAACCUCGGAGCCCACAUCUAAAAGCCGAAGAUAUUACGAAUUAAUUCGGGUCAUGAAAUCAUAUGGUGCCACCAUCGCCGCAAGUGGCCAAGAGAAGCAUUGGUUCGCAGUCAUAGAAGACACAGUCUUUUUCCCGAGUCUAUCCCAUCUCCAAGAACGGCUUUCAACUUACGAUUUCAGCAAGAAGUUGUAUCUCGGUAUCCCUAGUGAAAAGAUGAGCUGGCGUCAAGACGGCGAAUCUGUCGCAACAUACGGUGGAGGCGCGAUAUUCUUGACCAAGCGCGCUGUAUCUCUGAUUCCCAAGCUACCUUGCAUGAGAAUCGAUGCAGCCGCUAAGCCGCCCUUCCAUGGACAGAGAUGGGAUGCCAUGUUGAGGCGGUGUCUUGAGAAGCAGGCAGGCGUUGACAUGCAUGUCAUUCAGGCAUUCUACCCACCGCGCGAUAGUCAUGAACCCCGUCUCGAGGGCCAAGAGACUGGCAUGCGACCGCUUUUGCUCCACGACUACGAAUACCGACACCACCUCGAUGUGGGCAUGGCACACUUGGUGACUGACGCGUGUGGCGAGGCAUGCUUCAUGCACCAAUAUUUAUUCCACGACAACUGGGUCAUCACCAACGGCGUGUCGAUAAGCCACCACCCGAAUGGGCUCAGUCACCGCCACCGCCACAGUGCCGUAGUGAAGGGAGAAUUGUUCAAAGAUACCCAGAAGACUCCUGUUUCUGAUCAAAUAGUCAUCGACGAAGACGAAGUUGAUAGAAAGUCGUUGAACAGGACAGGGCGCCGGGGGGAGGUAUGGGGACUGUUGGAUUCAGUAAAGGCUUCCGACGGAACAGUAUGGCAAGCUUAUGUGAAGAGAGGAGUGAGGUCGUCCACGAACAAGGACAAGAAAGGGUCAGCCGGACUAAAGGAACUCGAUUCCAUUAUUGUCCUGAUUUGGGAAAAGGAACAGCGUUAG